UAAAAUUAUACGUAAAAUUAACGUUCUGGCAGUUUUGGGUCGCAGCAACCCUUCGGCAAACUCGUCUAGCAACCCCGUUAAUGGCGUCCUAUUUGAAGCAAAGAAAAACUGAGUGCUCUUGGGCUUUUUUCGGGUCCGAGUGAUGCUGUAGACGGUAAUAUCUGUGGCUCAGCUGACGUUCCCGUGCGUCCAAAUGUCGUCCGAGGUGGAAGAAGCCUGCCAGCAGGUGAUCGGCUGGGUCGAGCUCGCCGUAAGUCCGACGACGAGCCCCGACCGGCGAGCGGAGGCUUACAACGCGUUCGAAGACUUCAAAGAAAAGUCGCCGGUGUGUGCCCAGUGCGGCUUUGCGCUGUCGACGAAAGGCAAUCAUUCGGUCGUUCGACACAUCGGGCUGCAACUGGUCGAGCAGUGCAUCAAGUUACGCUGGAACGUGCUGUGCCCCGCGGACAAGGUGUUCAUCAAGGAAAGCGUCAUGAAAUUGUUUUCAGAGGGCACAGAGCCCCUGCUCGUGGAGCAGGCGCACAUCAAGGACGCCCUCUCUCGGUUGCUGGUGGAGAUGGUCAAGCGGGAGUGGCCCCAGCAGUGGCCUUCCCUCAUGGACGAGCUGCACGCCCUCUGCACCAUGGGCGAGACGCAGCUGGAGUUGGUGCUGCUGGCACUGCUGCGUCUGGCGGAGGACGUGGUGGAGUUGCAGAGCGUGGGGGGCCAGCGCAGGCGGGACCUGCACCAGGCUCUGACGGCCAGCCUGCCCACCCUGUGCCCCUUCUUCCUCUCCACCCUGGACGCACACUACACCCGCUACAGGGACCUGAAGGAGAGAGCAAGCACUGAGGAAGAGAAGACUGAGCUAGCGCUGCACCGGCGGCUGACGGAGAGGACGCUGCAGACGCUCUCUGGCUUUGUGGACUGGAUGCCCCUGGGCCAGGCGAUGGCCGGGGAGCGCCUGCUGCCCCGCAUCUUCUGCUUCCUCCUGGGGGACGAGGCGCUGCGCCUGUGCGCCGCCGAGUGCCUGCUCCAGCUGCUCGCCAGGAAGGGCAAGCCGGGAGAGCGCCAGCCCCUCUUGGCGCUGUUCAGUCGGGAGACGCUGGACGCCGUCUUCUCGGCCGCCAGCGAUGCUGCGGCUACUGGGGCCCUGGAGGAGCGGCACUUUGUGUUCCUCAAGAAGCUGUGCCACAUUGCCGCUCACCUGGGGCUGCUGCAGGCGAGCCUCUGGGGCUCUGGGAAGCCGGAGCUGUUCCCGCUCUACCUGGACGCCCUGUUUGCCCUGCUCCAGCAUCCGAGCCAGGCAGUGAACCACAUCACCCUCCCUGUGUGGUGCGCCUUCUUCAAGCACCCCGAGAUCUCGGCACUGGACCCUGUCCGAAACCUUCUGCCAAAGUUCUUCAAGCUAGCCAUCGAAAAGCUUGUCAGGUGUGGCUUCCCCUCAAAGAACGACAGCCCUGCCUGUGCCUACGCUCGCCUGGAGUUUGACGGAGAUGAGGACUUUGCUCCUUUUCUCGGGAAGUUCAGGACGGACGUGACAGAGGCGGUGCGCCUGGCCACCCUGCUCAACCCGAUUGCGGGCUUCCAGACGGCGAGCCAGGGUUUGCAGACGCUGCUCGCCGCCAAGGUCGACGUGGGCGCAGAGCCAGACGGCGGUUUCUGCUCCCCCAACUCCCCGUCGAGCCUUCGCUGGGAUGCCCUGGUGCAGUUCAUGGAGGGCGUCUUCAGCCGCAUCCUCAGCUCUCCCAACCCGACGCCCAGUGCAGAGGAAGGAAUCUUUCUGAUGGAGGCCCUGCUCAACUUUGAGACGCAGGAUCCGACGAUCCUGUCGUACGCCCUCUCUUGCAUCUCCACCCUGGGAGUGUUCCUCACACUGGCUCCGGGGGUCAUGCCCAAGGUGCUCAACAAGAUCUUCACGUCGGCGGCGUUCUCGCUGCCCGGCCAGAGCAAGAACACGAGGAGCCGAGCCGUGCGCAACCUCCGGCGCCACGCCUGCUCGGGCCUGGUCAAGCUCUGCAAGCUCCACCCGCGCCUCCUCAUGCCGUGCUUCGACCAGAUCUGCAACUCGGUGAAGCGCCUGCAGGGGGAGGAGGACCAGCUGUCGCAGCUGGAGAACUGCACCCUCAUGGAGGCCCUGCUGGUGCUCAGCAACGAAAUGCACAACUUCGAGCGUCAGUCGGAGUUUGUGGUUCGAGUGGUUUCUCCCGCUGUUGCCAUCCUGACGAAAGAAGAGCUGAAGCAAGCACUCUCUUCUACGGACACAUUCCUGGCCUUUGUGGGCAUGACGGAUGCGCCCGUCGACUCAAGCACGGACGAUGACAAAGGCUACAACCGUUCACAGUUGGUGUGCUGCUUCUCCAUGCUGAUGGCCCUGAUCAAGCGCUGUCAUUGGCCAACUGACCUCGAGGUGGCCAAGAAGGGUGGCUUCUACUGUGAGCGAGAUGGUGUCGCCUACUGUCGCCACCCUGCCACCGCGUACAUGCUGUCCCUGCUGCCCUCCAUUUCCCUCAUAAUGCGGACGUACAACCUUCUGUGGACCAGAGAGGCCCGAGCCAAGGUGCACCCGGCGUUCGCCUCGGCCUACGACAUUCACGACAGCGAGCGGAACGCAGCACUGGGACUCCGAAGCGACGUGGAUUUCUCGGAGCCUUUCAACUGCAAGCAGCCUUUGGACAGGGUCAAGAGCUUUAUGUUCAACAUCCAGGACUACGGCCUGCAGAUCCUGGGCAAUGCGGGCCAGUGCCUCGGCCCGGAGUUCUACCGCUGCCCAGGCCUGUGCGAGGCCCUGGCCAGUUCGGCCCUGGCCGGCCUGGACCAGCUGCCCGACUACCGGCUGCGCCCCAUCGUGCGUAGCUUCGUGAAGCCCUUUGUGCUGCACUGCCCCUGCGAGCUGCGGGGCACGGUGGUGCUGCCCCUUCUAAAGGCCCUCUUCCCCUUCGUGUUCCAGAAACUCAACUCCAAAUGGGAGAACUUCAGGCUCAAGUAUGGUAACUGUGCUGACUACGAGGACGAGAUGACGGAGGAACAGGAGCUGCUGGACGACCAGCUGAACAGGCUGCUCUCGAGGGAGUUCCUGGACCUCUUGGCGGUGGUGCUCCUGUCCAGGCGCCAGGAGACGGUGCCAUCGGAUACGAUGGACGAGGAGUCGGAGGCGCCUCACGUUCCCCCAGGGUCGGCUGCCAUCUCCGAGCUGGGAGCACUGGUGCUCGGGACGGAGGAUCUAUGUGCAUCGGUGGUGCUGACGGUGUUCAAUGCCCUGCACUGGUGCGACACCUCGGUGUCCUUCAAGGCCAUCACGCUGGCCACCCCUCUGCUGAGACAGAUGCAGCAGGAGGGACUGAUCCGGGACGAAGGGGGGGCCUGCUACCUGCUGCGCUGCGUGCUUCAGGGGCUGCAGGUGCUGGGGGAGCACGACAUCCACCAGGGACUGCUGCUAAGCCUCGCCCUGGCCCUGUACCUGACCACCCGGCCACUUUUCCCGGGGGUGGCCACCUUGCUGCUCGCCGUGCCGGGCUGCACUCCCGACGCCCUCAAGGCGUUUGAGGAGAAGCUGGGGCCUGGACCGGACGGCAAGCAGGUGACGGAGAAGAAGAAGAAGGAGCUCUUCCGCAAGCUCAUCUCCCCCAUCAUCGGGAAAAACAUAGGGCAGCAGUUCAAGGCAGCUAUCGAGAUCAUGAACCUGCCUCCCAUCUUCAAGCCACUCAAGAUGAUGGUGGAGAUCGACGACAGCUCAGCCGUGGACAGCCUGCCCGCACUCUUUGCUCGCGAUGAGACGUGACGGGCCUGCCUUCUCGCCUCUGAAGGGAACACAUUCUUAGUUCUGUAUAAGA